AUGGUCAGUCGGGUUCAACCGUGUGCCUCUGUCUUUCUCAACUUUCUCUGUUUCCAGCGUGAAGAUGCGUAUAAGCAUUUCAGAUUUACCCCACGGACAACCUGGGUCGCGAUGUGUGGGUUCGUACUCGUGCCCGGGGCGAUCUGUUACCUGGCAAGCAAAACACACUUGAAAUGGAGUUGGGCAGGAAAGCGAAAAGGGGAGGCACUGGCACAGUCAUGA